AUGGCCCGUCCCAACACCUCCACCGCCCCCUCCAACCCUCCCACACCCUCCAAACCAAAAUUCACCGUCCCGCGAUUGACACACCUCCGACAAUCCCGUUCACACUCGCACCUCCGUCCAUCCACUUCCUCUUCCACCACCACCUCCUCUUCCUUAAACGUCCCCUUCAACAUCCCAUUCAACUUGAACGCCAUUCAGCAGUCACUCAAGUCCUCCCCGCUAGCGGGAGGUAAAUCCGCUACGGCUGGCCGAAAAGCUCUACCAGCUCCAAGUAGGGGUGGUGGUAGUGGUAAACGAAGACCGAUAUCGGGGUUCUUCGAUUUGGACGGUGUGCCUGGUCUACCUGACUCCAAGGCGAAGCCAAAGGAGGAGAAUGGGGAGGGGCAGGUACCGGAUUCUUGGGACCCGACGUCGACGUUUGCCCCGGCGUUUGUUAAGCCCAAGAACAGUAUUCCUGGUGCUGGUGCUGGUACCGUCGUGGUGGGUGCGAAAGGGAAUGCAGUAGGAGUGGGAGGAGGACGAGGAGGGGAGAAGAGGUUAGGCGUGGAGAAACCAAACCGUGUAGGCGGGUACCUAGCCAGUGCACCCGCGCACCAGAUCACGUUCACGACGUCUACGAAUUCGAGUCAGACGAGUAUCGGGUCUGCGUCGCUUUCUGCGUCGGGUGAAGUGGAUAACCAGUACACUCAACAACAGCACCUCGCCCAGCAGCACCAAGGUUACGUCCAGCAGCAGCAUCAGGGCCAUCUCCAGCACCACCAGCAGGAGUACGACAACCAACACUACAACAACCACUACGCCCAACAACGCUACACCGAGCACCAAGACCGGCGUCUGAGGAAGAUGUCCACGCCGACGCAUAUACGCACUGUAGCGGUUCCUUCGGGGUUACCUAUGCGUUCGCAGUCGACGAGGCUUGGAGGUACCGGUGGGGCCCAAUCGACGAGAGCGUUGAAGCCGACACAUACGACGCUCUCGGCUGCGUCGCCUGUAUCGGAGCCGCUCACUUCGACGGGAGUCCCUAAACCCCUAGUCUCGCCACGCACGAGUUCAGCGCUAGUCACACCUCUCAAAUCGGCAUUGAAGGCGCCCAAGGCGACGUCGGUUCCGCCGGAGCUUGCCCUCGAGGAUUCCUCGCCUGCUCGUCCUCCCGUCGAGUUUACCCUCACAGAUUCGUCUGGGCUCACCGACGCGACUGGGUUCAUUAACGGGACUGCCGCCACGGUUGAGGCUGUCCCCAGGGACUCGUGCGAGCUCCCGGAUUCGUCUCAGCGCCUGGGCACGAACGAGCUCCUCGUCGAGUCCGAGCUCCCCCCGGGCGAAUCUGGCAUGCACGUCGAGUCCGAGUCUGCGUCUGGGCUUGUUGCAGAGUCGUCCGACUACCUCCCGUAUGCCUGUCCGACUAUGGAUAUCGUCGACGCUUAUGCCCAGUUCUCGCCUGUGCGCGCUGAACACCACGUUCACUCGGAAGAGCCUCUUCAGUCCGACCUUUCCCCUGCUGGCCCUAUCGCUCCAUCGCCAUCCCCUUCUCAAUCGGAACACCCCCACGCCCAGUCAGAAGUCCCUGAGUCGGAACCUCUUGCCUCGUCGGGAGUCGCAUACACCCGUGAGGGCGCUAACAGCAAACCCGAACGUCCUCCCUCUGAAUCGCUGUUGAUCCAGGUUGAGCUCCCGCCUCUCGAGGCUGGUCUUCCUUUCGAGAUUGAUCUUCCUCGGUCUGAGGAAUCUGGAUCUGCUGGAGUGGAUGGGAGUCGUGGUGAUGCGAGCCCUCGAGUGCAAGUUGGCCAUGGGGAGAUGGGUGCGAGCCGGAAGGUACAAGUUGCGGAUGGGGAUGUGGAUGCGGAUGUGGAUAUGGAUGUGGGUACUUGCGAGGGAGGCGAGGUUGCGCCGCCUCGGCUGGAGCUACCGCCUCAGCUGGAACUUUCGCAUAUGGCUGGUACCACGCUCGACCUUUCCGGGACGUCUGAUGCGGAGGAUACGUCCGACCUUCCCUAUACAACAACAUCUUCGCCUCCAGAGUCGGAUCCUACCGUGUCUACGUCUAGGUCUAUUUCUACGUCUACACCUCCAGUCGAGUCCGACCUGCCCUAUAAUAACAAUCCAUCGAUGCCUCCCAUGACCGAAUCUCCUGCCCAGGCUCCAGGGACCGAAGCGGAUAUCGAGUCCGGUACCUCCCCUGCAGAAUCUGAACUCCCAUAUACGUAUACGGAUACGUGUACCACCACUCCCCUCCCUCUUCCACCAGUCAUCCCACCACCCUCUCCUCUUCCGAUAGUCAUCCCACCACCCUCUCCUCUUCCGAUAGUCAUCCCACCACCCUCUCCUCUUCCGAUCGUCAUCCCACCACCCUCUCCCCUCCCGCCCGUCAUUCCUCCCCCCUCGGCAGUCCUCAUUCCAAGCCCGAAGAAACCGAAACGGGGCCCACCGCAGGCUCCUGCCCAAGACCAAGACCAAGACCAAGCCAUCGUCGGUCAAAGAGAGGACGGCGAUCGCGUGCAUCAGGUUAGCGACGGCCCAUCGAACGUGGUGGAUGAGGAACGCGUGAAAGAGCUGGGUGGAGUACACGGAAAGGACUUGGAGGAUGAGCAGUGCGAGUUGAAGGGCAUUAAUGAGAGUGGAGACGUGCACGAGAAGGAGUUGGAAGAAAUUAAAGAGAAAGACCAACCCCAAACCGUGGGCGCGCUCAUCCGCUACGGGACGUUUAACAAUAUUUUUGAGACGGAGGGUGGGGGGAUUGGAGGGGGCGGUGGGGGGCCUGUGGGUAACAGCGUUGGACCGUCUGCUGGUAACGGCGUCAGUUCCUCUGGAAGCGUGUCUGGAGGAGUAGGUGUCUCUGAAGCAGGAGGAGGAGUCUCCGCGAGCCAAGCACGACCUACUCCUCGAGACAAAGGUAUCGGCAACGCCGUCGGUUUCCUCGGCGGUGCGGCGAAUCGCAAGAGUGUUGCGGAGGGAAUUGCGGGGGGUAUCGCUGCUGGUCUUCAGAGUGCUGGCAAGGGUGGGAAACCGAAGAAGAGGGGGUCGAAGCUUGGUAGUUUGAUUCUGGGGUACUUCAAAUCCAAUUCCUCGGCUUCCAAUUCGCCUACAUCUUCGUACUCACCGUCGACGUCGACGCCGGGGUUGUCGACCUCCCAUUCGCUAGCUCCGACGCCGACGAGCACGCCGCCUCUUACACCUACUACGCCGAACUCUAAACGCUCUGUCUCGCCGAACUACGCCAACCAAGGCACAAGUAGCACCAACUCAACGAAUACGAAACAAAGCGCUAGCUCCUCGAAUACGAAACAAAGCACCACCAACUCACCGAAUACGAAGCACCGCAGCUCGAUUCCUAGACCUAAAUUCAAGUUCAAACGCGACCCGGCGUUGACGGUGCAGGUCACGUCGACGGUGACGACGACGAGUGUGAAUGUUGGGUAUGAUCCUAGGGGUGGGGUUACGAGGGAACACGAUGCUAGGGCCAGCGGAUAUACGAGGGAGUACGCCAGCGCUCCUAGCUCGCCCACGUCCGCUUGUUCCUCUACAUUCGGUCACUCCUCGUUUGGGUAUGGCGGUGGUGGUGGUGGGGUGAGGGGAGCGAAGAGUGCUGGGUUGGGUGUUCCCCCUUCGCCGUAUGGUCACGGUGCUCCUCCCGCUUCGCCGCAUGGGUAUGGGUCUUCUUCGUAUACGCAGGGAGCACCGCCUUCGCCUUACGCGCCUGCACCGUCUUCGCCUUAUGCACCUGCUCCUCCCUCGCCUUACGCCCCUUCCCCCGCCCCACCUUCGCCGUACGGUAAAGGAUCCUUGACCGCCCCUCCCUCGCCGUACGGUAAAGCGAGGGAGCUGGCCUCCUCGUCUGCGUAUGGGCAGAUGGGAGGUAUGAGUGCGCCGAGCUCGCCCCGUUUCCACGUGUCGUCGUUGGGGAAGGUGGAUGAGGAGGGUGCGUAG